AUGCUGAUGGAUGAGGUCGAGCUCCCAACUGAGGAAAUUUUCGAUCGAUUUGGUAGUGACCCUAGACAGGGUGUCAUUCCUAAAUCGCGUUCACAUUCAUAUGACGCACUCUAUGAAAACUUCAGAUUUGGACCGUUAUAUCACGAACAUUGUCAAAUGGAAACUGCCAUAUUGACUUUCAAUUGCUACCUAUCCGAACCUGAAUUAGAUGUUUAUUGUGAAGAACAAAUUUGUCGCGUUCGUCCAAUGAAACUACUUUAUUAUUUAGUCGAUGACACAAUAUCACUCGUUGAACCACCCGUUGAUAACAGCGGAAUUAUGCAGGGGCGAAUGUUCAAUCGUAAGAAAGUACCGAGAACUGAUCAUCGUAUUGGACAAAACUUCAUUCAUUGGUCUGACUUGAACUUAGCACAAGAUAUUGUAAUGUUCGCAAGAACAUAUCGUAUCACAUCAUGUGAUCAAUUUACUAAGAAAAAGUAUGUUAAGCAUUUCUUGGAAAGGAAUGGGAUCAAGGUUCGGAAUGCUGAAGAAAUGCCGAUUGAUCCUUGGACAAAACGGCGGUCGGCCAAGAAAACUGAAAAGAACACAUCCUCUAUUCAAAGCAAUAAAUUCCUGAACUGUCCUCCUAAGCUGCAUUUGCUGACAUGUUGGUUGGAUCGUUCGAAUGAUUUUCAUAUAACUCGACAACUGAGAACGUUCCGUAUGACUGUGUUCACAGUUGACCAUACCGUCUCAAUUGUCGAGACAACCGCUGGACUUGAAGGACAAGUUUUUCUGAAACGUGUCAAUCUUCCUUGCAAAGCGAACAGGAGUCGUCAUUUCUAUCGAAGUUGGGAAUUAUAUCCAGGAAUUUGGGUAGACGUCUUCACGAGGCCAAUGUUCAUCUACGGCUGUGAGGGUAAUGAAACAAGAUUGUUUCUGCAGCAGCAACACGGACAAAUUGAUUAUUCUGAUUAUGAACAUUUAUUAAACGAGGGACCGCCAAUUGAACCUGUUGUCGAAAUUCCAGCAACUUUAAAAUUCAUAGCACAAAUGAUGAAUGGACCAUUUGCUGGAAGGCAUUUUGUGUUGACAUAUCACGUGAACAGUCGUGAAGUGGACAUAUCAGAAUCCGGAAAUCAUCGUAAAUGGUCAGAGGGUCGUGCUUUUCUCGAAGGAAUACAUUCGAAUAACUACAGUAUUGAUGAUUUUGUGAUUGGAAAGACAGUAACGUUUUAUCGAUGGUCAUUUAAACUGAUUGAAGCUGAUCCGAAUACAUCCGAAUUUUUGCGUUCAAAAGAAGAUAAUCUGAAUGGUUAUGAAAUAACGUAA